UUCUCAUUUCCUCCCAGCCUCGUGCGGGAAAUGGAUUUAAUUCUGACCGCAGGGCUGUAAGGGGCGAGCAGGAACGAACAUCUUUUGUCAAGGAGUGGCAAGCAGCCUCUGUUGUCUGUAGUCACCAGUGACGCCAGAGCUGCAUUGCUGGUGGAAUUCUAGGCAGCUCCGACAAGUGCGGGGCUGCGGGAUGGGGAGAAAAUAGUGCUCUGCAGAUUAGCUGGGUGCAUUUAUUAGCAGAUCUCAGGAAGGGGGGAAACAAUCAACGGAACAAAACAAAAACAACUGCCUACAGUGGAAGCCCAGAGAUGGAUAAAAAGCCUUGCAGAAGUUUCCACCCAGAUGUUUGAGAUCCUGUAGGCGUGGACGGCGUCCCUGGGAGCAGAGCCAGGCACACAGGCUGAACACUGAGAAGAGGCGGCCUGGGACGAGGCUGGUCCCGCCUCCCGGGUUCCAGGAGUGGAUUGUAAACCUACCAGGACAAUGAGUGAGGAGACUGUCCCCGAGGCCGAGGCCGCAGCCCAGCCGCCCGAGCAGGGGCAGCAGUACUUGGACCGCUUCUCUGAGGACGACCCUGAGUACAUGCGCCUUCGCAACCGUGCGGCAGACCUGCGGCAAGACUUCAAUCUGAUGGAGCAGAAGAAACGCGUCACCAUGAUCCUGCAGAGCCCGUCUUUCAGGGAGGAGCUGGAAGGCCUCAUCCAGGAGCAGAUGAAGAAGGGGAACAAUUCCUCCAACAUCUGGGCUCUGCGGCAGAUCGCGGACUUCAUGGCCAGCACUUCCCACGCAGUCUUCCCAACGUCUUCCAUGAACUUCUCCAUGAUGACGCCCAUCAAUGACCUCCACACAGCUGACUCCUUGAACCUGGCCAAGGGGGAGCGGCUCAUGCGGUGCAAGAUCAGCAGUGUCUACCGACUCCUGGACCUCUACGGCUGGGCCCAGCUGAGCGACACCUAUGUCACGCUGAGAGUCAGCAAGGAGCAAGACCACUUCCUGAUUAGCCCUAAGGGAGUUUCUUGCAGUGAGGUCACGGCAUCCAGCCUGAUCAAGGUGAACAUCCUGGGAGAGGUGGUGGAGAAGGGCAGCAGCUGCUUCCCAGUGGACACCACAGGCUUCUUUCUGCACUCGGCCAUCUACGCAGCCAGGCCUGAUGUGCGCUGCAUCAUCCACCUGCACACGCCGGCCACGGCGGCGGUGUCAGCCAUGAAGUGGGGCCUCCUGCCUGUCUCCCACAACGCCCUGCUGGUGGGGGACAUGGCCUAUUACGACUUCAAUGGCGAAAUGGAGCAGGAAGCAGAUAGGAUCAACCUGCAGAAGUGCCUUGGACCCACCUGCAAGAUCCUGGUGCUGAGAAACCAUGGCGUGGUUGCUCUGGGUGACACUGUGGAGGAGGCGUUUUAUAAGAUCUUCCACCUGCAAGCUGCAUGUGAGGUGCAGGUGUCCGCUCUGUCCAGCGCUGGGGGCGUGGAGAACCUCAUCCUCCUGGAGCAGGAGAAGCGCCGGCCCCACGAGGUGGGCUCUGUGCAGUGGGCCGGGAGCACCUUCGGGCCCAUGCAGAAGAGCCGGCUGGGGGAACACGAAUUUGAGGCCCUCAUGAGGAUGCUGGACAACCUGGGCUACAGAACAGGCUACACGUACCGCUAUCCCUUUGUUCAAGAGAAAACCAAACACAAAAGCGAGGUGGAGAUUCCAGCCACAGUCACAGCCUUCGUGUUUGAGGAGGACGGCACCCCGGUGCCCACCCUGCGGCAGCACGCCCAGAAGCAGCAAAAGGAGAAGACCCGCUGGCUCAACACACCCAACACCUACCUGCGGGUCAACGUGGCCGACGAGGUCCAGAGGAGCAUGGGCGGCCCCCGGCCCAAGACCACCUGGCUGAAGGCUGACGAGGUGGAGAAAUCCAGCAGUGGUAUGCCAAUACGGAUCGAAAACCCAAACCAAUUUGUGCCUCUCUAUACCGACCCCCAAGAAGUGCUGGAGAUGCGGAACAAGAUUCGAGAACAAAACCGACAAGAUGUGAAGUCAGCGGGACCCCAGUCCCAGCUCCUGGCAAGCGUCAUUGCUGAGAAGAGCCGAAGCCCGUCUACAGAGAGCCAGCUGAUGGCCAAGGGCGACACGGAUACCAAAGAUGAGUCAGAGGAGACAGUGCCCAACCCCUUCAGCCAACUCACUGACCAGGAGCUGGAGGAAUACAAGAAAGAGGUGGAGAGGAAGAAACUGGAACUCGAAGGAGAGAAAGAAACCACUGCAGAGGAGCCUGGCUCACCUGUAAAGUCAGCACCUGCUUCUCCUGCACAGAGCCCAGUGAAGUCGGAGACAAAGAGCCCUGUGGUCUCUCCCGCCAAGUCUUUAGAUGAAGGUGCUAAGAAGACAGAAACAAGCAAAGCCACCACAGAGCCCGAAACAACGCAGCCGGAAGGGGUGGUGGUCAAUGGGAGGGAGGACGAGCAGACUGCAGAGGAAAUUCUCAGCAAAGGCUUAAGCCAGAUGACCACCAAUGCCGACACAGAUGUUGACACCUCUAAGGACAAAACUGAGUCGGUCACCAGCGGCCCCAUGUCCCCAGAGGGCUCACCUUCCAAAUCUCCCUCGAAGAAGAAAAAGAAAUUCCGAACCCCAUCCUUCCUGAAAAAGAGCAAAAAGAAGGAGAAAGUGGAGUCCUGAUUCGUGGCACCCUAGGGCUCCCAUCUGCACCCCCUCUCCCACCCUCCCUGUCCCAUCUCCAUCCCUGGAAGCACAGGGCCAAGGAGGGAUAGAGUAGGACCCUGAACCAUACUCUGAUGGGGAACACAGAGAUCACCCGACCAACCCCUCAUUUGCAACCGCCCCAGAGAAAUCAGGUGACUUUGUCAAGGUCACACAGCUUUGAGUGGCAGAGCCUGCACUCAAAUUCAGGUCUCCUGGCUCCCAGUCCAGUGCUCUUUCCACUACACAACACUGCCUAGUUGUGGGCUGCCUUCAUGAGGGUGCUGCCCACUGAGCUGAGCCCUGGGCAAGAGGGCCAGAGUGGGCCACAAGCUCUCACUGGCUCAGACUAAAUCAGGUUGAGGUUUCCCCUGAACAAGGUCCUUCUCCUCAUGGGACCCCAGUCUCCUGCUGAUGGAGCUAUCACUCUGUUUAGGAAUCUCUCUUCUCUUUUUCAUAGAGUCCCUGCCUUGCUGCUCACAGUAACCAGACAAACUCUCUUGUCCCCUCCACCAGAAGUUAAUCUUUGUUCCCAAGGGCUGAUGGCUUAGCUUGUGCUUCCCCAACCAACACCCCUGAGCUUUCUUCAUGGAACCUCCUGCAUUAUGCUUGGAACAGCUGUAAGAGUUGGCAGACAUAGGGCAAGCCAAGCCAGCCAUACAGCGGGAGAUAACUGAAUCAAUAUAAGGCACCAGGGGCUUGACCCAUUAAAACUGUGCAUCUCAGGAGCUUCAAAAGUAAAACUAAAUUCAGCUUAGAAAACAGUUGUCUCAUGCUCAGGAUGGGAAUUUGGGGAAAUUUAGAUCCUCUGUUGACUUUGGGCUAUAAGAGGAUGAUGGAAACCACACGGGAAAUGCUCUGCAUUUCUAGCUUUGCAUGACACGUGGAGCGCUACCAGUCUCACUCUUGUCCAGCAGUGAGGUGUCCCCCAACCUUCCCUGAAACCCAGAAGCACCAGUUCAUAGACUAGAGCUGGCAUCUUACCCUUGGCACCUUGACCUUGGCUCCUUCGGGUUCCAUCUCAGUCACUCUGGGUCCAGCAGAGGAGAAUAGAAUGAAGCUUUCAGGAUUAAUCAGAGAAAUACUUAGGUGUCCCCAGCUCUGUCACUAUCUGUCCAUCCUGGGGCCUGAUAAGAGUCACAGUUAUUGUUUCAAAUGCCAACACUAUUUUUUCAUAUUCGUCUGUGGGGCAUUAAUUAAUGAGUAUUGUUGGCUUCUAAAAAAUAGACAAUCCAUUCUCUUUAAAGCACAGUGUCUUCAAAGGAUAUUUUCCCUUUUUGUGAUUGUUGUAAAUGUAUUUUUGAAAGUUCUGAACCCUAGUUUUCCAUGUUUGAGCACUUACUCUAUACAUAGACACUGUGUAGGCUCUAUAUGCAUUACAUCCUUUAAACCUCAUGAUAACUUUAUGAUGUGGGUAAGAUUAGACCCAUUUUGUGGGUAAGUAAACUGAGCCCCCAAAAGGAUAAUUGAUUUGUUCUAGCCAGGUGACUUGGCUAGAAAGAUCCAGAACCUGGAUUUCCCUCUAAGUCAGCCUGAAUCCAGGGCCUUUGCUCUAACAGCUACGGUGAUCAGAAAUCUCCAGUCCCCAAGGGCCGUGGUUUUAGUCCAGGACUCAUUUUUGUGUCUCCACUGCAUAAUGUCAGUACUUGCAAUGAAGGUAGGAAAUUACCUGUGUUCUCCCUCACCAGUGCACAUUAAGUUCCUGGUUAACAGGGACUGUGGCAAGGCCAGAGUGGACCUCUGGCAAAGGAGAUGCAACGGUCUUCUGGUUGGGGCAGGAAAUGCCAUACAUCGUUGGGCCAUUUCUUGGGGAGGAAAGAAACGGACACAUGACUAAGGGAAACCCAACGUUGUGUCUCUCCAGUGCAGAGUCCCAUCUGCUACCCCAGCCGCCCUCACCCCAUCCUCCACCCUCAUGCACCCCUCCCCCAUUCUACUUUUUGAUUGGGUCUUGAUGGACAACCCAAUGAUCAGGGGCACUGAUGCCUCAGAAAAGUCUGUGAUGUGGGGAAUGCCUUUAAAAGCUAAUCCUUUGAUGCCUUCUUUAAAAAAGUAGAUUUGCCAUUCAUUCAUUCAUUCACUCCCUUCACAAUAUUUGUUAUGCACCCACUAAAUGUCAGGGAUUAUGCUGACAUUAAAAGAAAAUAAUCAUUGUGACUAGAAUAAUCAGUGGCAAGCAAUGUUAAGAAAAGGGUGGAGCGGACACAAUCACUGAGGCAGCAUUUUGUGUCUGAGUGGUUGUAGCUCAGAGAUGUGUUGAUUGACUCUGCAUUGAAUCAAUUCUCUGUAUUCCUUUUACAGCAGUGAAGCCUCAUUUAGAUGAACAUGCCAGAGCUUGCUGGAAUGUGAGCAUUGCCCUUAGAAUUUAUGCCUUGGGUCGACUUCGUAUCUAUCCAUUUGUUCAUUCCUUGAAACUCAAAAUACACAUGAGAGCCUGGAUCAUGGAUCAGGCCUGAGGGUGGCAGGACUUAAUCCCUUCCCACAGGAAGCUCCUAAGUAAAGGAGGCAUGCAGACAAGUUACGAACAGCAAGAGUGCAGAGGGGGCAUUAGAAAGCAAUGAUUUACUAUCUUCUGGGCCAGAGAAACCUUCCUGAAAGGAGCAACGGUUAAGUUAGGUUUUCAGAACAAAGAGAAAUUUCCCAUGAGGACAAAAGAUUUGGCAGGACUUUCCAUGGGAAAAGCACGUGCAAAGGCACAGAAGUGUGAAACUCCAUGAUUCGUGCACCAAGCAAUUCAGU